UUACAGGCAGGCAGGUGAUUUUCUUCUUGAAAUGUUUUGAGAUCUGCAUUCUUAGUUUCAACUCCCUUGCUCUGUCAGAGAAGUCCCUUGAAGUUACAGCUGGAUGCAUAUUCUCUGCACAAGUUUUUGUUUUCAGGGUUUUAUAAUUGUGGAUGAGGUUCCAUCUCCAACAUGUGAAAAUUCUCAUUGUGCUGCAAGUCAAAACAGGAGAUAAAGACCUUUUCAUGCCUCCAAAGGGCAGCCCGGCUUUGUGCAAAAAUGUUAAUUUCAUUUCAGACUGUCUCUUAUUUAAUCAAGGAGUAAAUUACUGCAGAUGCUAGAUUCUACCCUUGCAUAAAUGCUGCCCCCUCCACACUUCAUUUCAGCUCUGAUAUCUCAUUUCACCUGUCCCAAUAUCUUUAUGUGACAUGUCAAAGGUUAUCACAAUGCUUAUGUGACUGUGACAUUUUUAUAAUGUCAAAGGCGCUACGUAAAUGCAAGUCAGUAUUUAGCAGAAUUAUUUCAGGUAUCCAGGACUUCAAUUCUGUGGAAUGACUGCUGAAUCAACAUUAGACCAGAGAGAAAUAAGGAUAGAUUUAAUGGAGGCAUUCAAAAUUAUUGUAAUGCGACCUUCAGCAGCAGAUGGUGACAGUGGGGGAGGGCAGCUUUGGUGGAAGAAAGGCUGAUGGGAAGGGGAGAAGAUAGUCGAAGAAUUCCUAAGUCCAUUGUGUUAGCCAGAGGCUGCAGAGAGGUAGAGAGAGAGAGAAAGGUACAAGUUGCUGACAUCGCUGCCUGGGAGACAUUAGCCAGAGGCUGCAGAAAGAUAAAGAGAGAGAACAGGGUAAGAGGGGGGAUACCAGCUGCCAACAUCAUCAACAGGAAGUACUGAAUGCAAAGGUGCUGAUAUGAAGAGAGAAGCAGCUUGUGAACUAAAAAUGACCUGCACCCAAGUGCUAUUUUGAGCCAAUUUAAACCGGAUUGAAUUAACAAUGUUGUGCAGGAAGUAAGAAAGAUGAGGUAAUGCAAAAGCCUUAUUUGGAUGAGAAAUAAUGAGAUAAUGCUACCUAAGUCUCUGGGCCAGGGCCAAUAAGGUAAAGGCAUGCAAUAAGUGAAUUAGCCUGUCCCAACAGGAAGAAAACAGCCCGACUUGAGUUGGAUAAAAGAAAGAAUAAAAAGAAGAGUCUAGGCCUGAAACGUCAGCCUUCCUGCUCCUAUGAUGCUGCUUGGCUGCUGUGUUCAUCCAGCUCUAUACGUUGUUAUCCUACUAUCUCUGAUAAAAAGAAGACCGUUGGGGCAUGCAGCCAGUGAAAACUCCAAAGACCAACCGUUGCAGAAGUAGACUCUACGUAAGGGAUGUGGUGACAACAUUGAGUGCAGCGCCCGGCCAGCGUCAGCCCUUGUCAGCAGAAGCAGCAGCUAUCCUGAUCGGGUAUUAGCUUUUAUAUUCUGUGACUACUUGGAGAAAUCUAAUGGGUGGAUAAUUUCUCUUCAAUUAUCCAAUUGUUGGAAGUGCUGAGAAAAGAAUCCCAGUCUGUAAGAAAUAAGUAAAUAUGUCGAAAUCUGCUGAAACUGUUUGCAUUAACUGGAGACUUUGGAAUUUAAGCAAGAUGUACAGUUUAACUCACUGGUGAAUAAUUCAUUGUCCAAAGAUUUCAAGGGGUUCUCGCAUGAUUGGACAACACUGCAUCUGGGGUUCUUCAUGGCUUCAGGCCCUCAAAAUCUGCAAGUUGGCUCUGGGGUGUUACACUUUCCUCAGUUGCAUUUGGUCACGUCCAUUGCUGUUCUUCUGUUACUCAUGCUGCUCAUGAUUCCCUGUGCUUACUGUAGGAGAGUUUAUGAAAGAAUAAGAACAGGAGCUAAUAGUCAUGCAGGACAACAAAAGAUAAAGUCUGUGAAGAAACAUAAUGUUGCUGUUCAACCCAAAGAUGACCCAAAAAUUACGAAAGCAAAUGGAGUGACACCAACAACUGACCAGCAGCAGGAAAAGGUGAACAGCGUGUCUCUCCGACGUAUCCCAAGUAUUCCUUUGACUAGUAUCAUACAGAUUGAGGAGACCGCUGAUGAUAGUCUGUACGAAGUUGUGAGAGACAUCCAAGUGAACGCAUGGGCAUCGAAGCAGGAGAAUCCUGAGCCACAGAACCUGGAGUACAUGACACCAUGUAAGACAGUGCCUUCAGCAGAUCCAAAACAGACGAAUGAGUGCUGCAAUGAGAACAAGGAGUCAGUAGAAGGGCUGACACAAGCACCAAUUUAUGCAAAGAUAAUUAAACAGCGGAACAAAGAGAACCAAUCACAGGUUCAAGAGAAGCUUGAAGUUAAAGAUGAAGUGGAGGUUGAAGAGCCCCCACCAAUCCCAGACAAACACUUGGAUGAAGAAGAUUCAGCUCAGUGUUGAAGAUAUCAGAUAACAAACAGCACAGGUAAAAGUCAUAUUCCCAACUGAAAAAUGGAUGAAGCUGCUUGAGAGUGACUCCUAAUCAUAAAUAUUGCACCUUCAAUAUGAAAGUACUUAAUUCAUUUUGAACUAAAUUACAAUUAUCCUGAUGUUUCAAUAUGAAUAAUAUUUUGUACUAUAAUGAGUCCCUGCAGUCUUGUUACGUGUACCUCCUAUUGCAGCAUAGCUUGUGAUAAGUUGUGGAACACUAAUUCUUAAAACAGAUAACUCACUCAAGAACUUGAUGAUAUAAUCCAGUCUGAUUCCUCAAGGAGCACUGCAUUGUUGGAGGUGCCUUGCUUUAGAUUUUGAUGCAGAAUCCCCGGCCACAUCAGUUGGGAGGUGAGAGGCCAGAUACUGUGAUUCAAAGAGGACCUGGGAAUUCUACUGAUUUUAAUGUUCCUUUUGUCAACCAGUGCAAGCUAGAACAAUGACUUGUUCUUCACACUUGUGGUAUUUGAGAUCUAGCUGCAUGGAAAAUGCUUAAUGUAUUUGCGUAUGUACUAAAGUCACUACAUUUGAUGUAAUUCAUUGUAUGUUGAAAAUGUUUGCUAUACAGUUGAAAAUAUUUUAUAUAUUUGUUUCCACAGUGUAUGUAUAUAUAAAUGAGUACAUGUAUGUGUGACUAUGGAAUAUAAUUCUAGGUGAGUGUGUGCAUUUUGUGUAGUGAAGAUUGUAAUGAUUCUGGAUUUGCUUUCUAACCUGCUUGGUUGCUUCAAAAGAAAUAGGGUGCUACCCUUGGCCUCUGAAGCUCUUAUUUAAGCAGAAUAGAGAUUUUAUCCCUGAUAAUCAGUGUAUAGAUAAUGUAAAGCCCUUCAUGAUUGAGGCUUCAUGAUCUCUGAAGCAAUGUAUCUGGAACUGUACCCAGGACGAAAUUGAACAUUGGAAGAGAGGAGGGGGCAAUGGUGAAUAUUUCACAGUAUGGUAUAGCUGAAUUCAUGCCCAUGUUGUCCUGUAUAUAAAUUUAUUCAUUUCCUGGUGCAGUUAAUAUAGUUAUACACAGUUUAAAAAGCACUUUGCAACAUAUUAAUAAAAUCUUUGAUAAAUUUGUCUCCUUUUUAA